AUGUUUUCGAAAAGCAAUGGGAUGGCAAAUUCUCUCCGUUCGUGUUUUGGUAAAUUCAAGGCAAUAAUAAAAGCAAAACCAAAAGCAAAGAGGAAUAACAGUUUGAUGAGCGAGGGGUUGGUGAUUGAAAUCCUAGUAAGGCUUCCGGUUGAUUCUUUGCUACGGUUCAAAUGCGUGUGCAAGUCAUGGUAUUCCCUCAUUAGUAGCCCAUUCUUCAUUGCCAAACACCUCCAGCUGUGCAACUCCACCAACAAGCCUGAUCCUGAUCUCAUGUUCUAUGCUGAUGAUCAAAGGCCUGGAAAUAAUGGGGUCGAAAAUAUUUUCAUUGUUUCUCAUGAAACAAUGGAAGUUUCCGAAAUCGAAGAGGAAUCAUCCCCACAUUCAAUAGCAGAAUCAUCAGGUGAUGAAUCCCAAGAUGAAGAUGAUGACCAAGCUGCCCGCAGUACUGUAUUAAUGGUGGGAUCUUGUAACGGUCUGAUUUGUUUGUAUUUCAAAGCCGACGGGGCUAUUUGGAAUCCUGCAACCAAUGAAACAAAGUUCAUCCCACGUUUCUCUGGACGGGGAGGUCAUUUCAAAGCAAGUGGAUUUGGUUAUGAUGCCAGAAAUAAUGAUUACAAGCUGAUUGUGAUUCACUCAUCUCCUAGUAUCGGUGCUGAUCAUAAUUAUGAUCAUGAUACAGGGUGUUUCCAGUUUGAGGCUUAUAGCCUCAGAGCAGAUUGUUGGAAAUUUGUUACAGAUUUUCCAAAGAUGGGUUUAACGUUUUCAGAUCAACUAAUUGGUACACACGCCAAUGGAAUAUGUUCCUGGUUAGCACAUCGAGAGGAUUCAAUUAGGGGUGUACGUAGGGAUGAAAUAAUUUCAUUUGACAUUAUCAAUGAAGAGAUCAUAAGGACACCUUUGCCAAGUGAAAUUGCUGAAAUUGGUACUCAUUUGGCUGAUAAGAUUGGUAAUAUUAUAGUGGGGGUUUUUAAUGGAUCCUUCGCUGUUGUUAAUGUUAAUCAAAACUUAGAGGACAUCCCCUUUUUUUUCCAUAUAUGGGUGUUGCGUGAAGUUGGUGUAGUGGAAUCAUGGACUAAAUUAUUUACAAUUGGACCCCUUCAAGGGGUUAUUUCUCCAUUGCUACUUUGGAAGACAGGUCUGGUACUUUUGGAUGAAGAUAGUGAAGAGUUGUUCUUUCAGAACUAUAAUAACCAACAAAAAAGUAGUAUUGGAAAUUUUAGAGAUCCAUGUUUCAUGAUGCACUACAGAGAGAGCUUGGUUCCAAUCAAUGAUACGAAGAAGGAACGUAUGUAG